AACCGGCCGCAGCUGUCGCUUCAGUCGCUAGUGAAUGGUGAAUGCGAUUCAGUUUGUCGUACGGUCGCCCGUACUUGUCUAUAUACAGUUUGGCUCACGUAUACCGUGUUUAUUAACGCUUGUCAAUCCAGUUCGUGUUUCUAUGGGUCGUAGAGUGUUCUAAAUAAACUGCCAUUUGCUGUUUUAAACGAAAGUUAUUCCGUGUAACAAUGGAGACGGCUGACUUUAUGCAGCAGUACAAGAGUAUCUCCCAGAAGCUGAAAAAGAGGUUUCUUCGGAAGCCAAACUUGGCAGAGGUCAGCGAUCAGUACUCUACUUUGGCAAGGCAGCUUCAACAGCAGGACUGUCCACAGUAUGCUGGGAUGUGCAGCAUGGCUGCUGCUCGGUGCGAGCAGUCGAUGGGCAACCCGGGAGCAGAGGCUCAGGUGCUUGCGCAAGGGGCGCGACAAUUUCUAUCCGAAGAGGCCAAAGCAAAGUCCCUGCUGUGCCCUUCCAUGAAGGAGGCUCUGUGCAAUGCAAUGCAUUGCUAUGGCCGUGCAAUUCAACUGCAGCUCGACGCGGGACAAGGAGCUUUGGCACAGGCCCUCUGCUGCGAAGCUGCGGAGUCCCUCGAGUCCCUUGGGCACCCCCACGAAGCGCUAGGGUACCUAACACAGGCAGCAAGCAUGCAGAGCAAGUGUCCACUGAGCUACAUUACCACACUUGACAAAACCAUCACGUGCCAGCUGGCUAUAGGUGACAAGGUUGCAGCACUUACAGCAGUGACAGAGAUUUGCAGUGUUGCCCGAGAGAACGGUAUGUUCCAGGGACGUCCCAUGGGGGCUUUUGCGGAUGCCCUCGCUGAUGCAGAAGUUACCUGUUUGCUACUACUGCUUCUACUUCGGCCACCAAAGCCAUCGCCAGAGCAGUCCCGUCUUCUGGAUCAGUAUCUCUACGACAGCCCAGGGGAGCUGACACAGAGCAAACCUGUUUAUAUUGGAGAAGAUCUCUUCCUGCUGUUGAGGUCACUUGUGAUGACCCUGGAAACUAGAGAUAGGGAGGCUGUUAAAAUACUACAGCAAGACCUUUGGCCUCUCGUCUCUGCUCGGCAGAAUGACCUCCUCAACGAUCUUAUUGAGGAACUGUCUAGGUGAAGUGCAAAUAUAGGACACUCUUAAAAAGGACAUUUCGUCUGUGCUGACCCAAGAAGCAGAAAUCAUUUAAAAAGAAAUAGUGUGCUUCCAGAAUAUAUGACCUUUAAAAGCUGAGACUUAAUAUUUGGCAGAAUCGUUGAUCGAGCCACUGCAAAUUACCAAUGGUUUGUGGAACGGAGGAGUAUUGGAUAAACAUUCUGGACAUUCCCAAAAACUUUCCAUCGUAAUCUUUGCAAUUCGAUAAACAGUUGCAUUCCA